GGAUUUUUGGUGCAUAACUCUGCCUAUAUGAAUGGUAGUGCCAAGAAAAUACAUAAACAUAUUGAGCAUUGUUUAGUUGCACAACUAAAAAGUUGCGCUUUAAUUAGGAUUAUGUUCUCUGGUCAGCAUAGAGAUAUUUGUGCGGAUCGGGGUUGUGAUAGCUGUCGUGAUUUAUCUGAAGACUGUAGGAAGAUAUCUUUAAACUCUAAUCAGUAGUACAAGGUUGCAAUCCUACUCCACCGUCUUCGUGAGCAACCGGGCAACCAUGACAAUUUACAGGUGGUAACCUGGUGGCCGACUAAUGGAUGUUUUAUCCUAAGGCCUUAAUGAUUGAUGAGGUCCAUUGUACUUGUAUUUCAAAUAUCAAACGGGCGAAACCAUCAUCAGACAAUACUAGUAUGCCUGUUGAUCAAAAGAAGAAACGUUUGCAUAAUAAUAAUAAUAAUACUAGUACCAAUACUAGUUUAUCACUUCCUAUGGCAAAAAAAGAUUGUAUUGAUACAUUCACUUGUUGGUCAAGUGGAGAUCAAGUGGAUUUUAUCUGUCAUUUACUAUCGAAAAUUUCACAUUUUCAACAAAGUCAAAUUAAUGACUUUUUAGAACCACUCUUGAAACGUGAUUUUAUUGUUGCCCUUCAAAAUCGUGGAGUUCCAUAUCUCGCUGAAAUGAUUUUAGUCCAAUUAGAUGCAUCCAGUCUACUUUCAGUUGAACUUGCUUCUAGGGGAUGGCAAUGGAGUGUAGCAAAAUAUCAACUUUGGCGACGUCUUCUAGCUCGUCGCGUAGCCACAGAUCCAGUAUGGCAUGGUCUAUGUGAACGUCGUGGAUGGAUUGAGUUUAUUGAUCAUUCUGAUCCAGCUUAUUUACCAGCAUUGCUUGAAAGACGUCGAGUUCCUAUAGGUGUUAGACAUAAAUUAACAGAAUUCUCUCCAUUCCUUGAUAGUAAUAGUUCAUGUAUAGAGUGUGAAGCGUCUAAACUUUCUCCAAAGUUAGAUUCAACUAGUAGUGGUAGCAGUAGUGCAAAUCACCAGCAGCAACAACAACAACAUCAACAUCCUCUAGCCUGUCAAUGUCAUUUAAACAAUCAACAUCCUGUAGUAUAUCCUUCUGAUUCAUCACAUACUCAUCACAUAUCAAGAACACAAAGUGUCUCUUUUUCAAGAGAUACCAUUCACGAUGCUCCUCCUGGCAGUAGCGGCAGCAAUAGCAACAGCCAUAACAACAUCAACACACCAAGCUGUUCUUUAAUUCCCUACAAUUCCAAUGACAGUGGUUCAAGUCAUCGAUUCACGAAUACAAAUUCAUCCAUCACCAUGGAAACUGAUUUACAUGAUGCCUUAUCCUAUGAAACUGUGAUGUUUGCUCAUCGUUUCUAUAAGCAGCUGUAUCCACGCAUAAUUCGUGACAUUGCGCGUGUAGAAGAUAACUGGACUAGAGGUCAAUAUCACUUAACCCGGAUCCCGUGUCGAAGUGAUGUUACAAAAGGUGUUUAUUGCCUUCAAUAUGAUAAGCAUAAAAUUGUUAGUGGUUUAAGAGAUGAUACUAUUAAAGUAUGGCAAAGAAUACCAAAUGUUUGUACAAUUAAUAAGAAUAAAGCUUCUACAUCGGAUGGUGCUUCUGCUCUCCCGAAUCCUGAUUCCACUUCUGGUGGCAGUGGUGUACAUGAUCCCACUUUUAAAAAUCGACCACGAAGUGAUGUCUCAGCCGGUGGAGGUGUCGGUGCCAGUGUUGCUGUUGGUGGUGCUGAAGCCUCGAAUCAAGAAGGUUUCAGUGGAGCAGCAUGCUCCGAUGGCUAUCAUUGUACACAAGUCCUUGAAGGUCAUUCUGGUUCUGUAUUAUGCUUACAGUAUAUUGGAAAUUUAUUGAUCAGUGGUUCAAGUGAUACAACUGUUCGUCUAUGGGAUCUAUCAACUGGUUGUUGUUUGAGUGUGAUUAAUCAUCAUGCAGAGGCUGUGUUACACUUAAGAUUUCGAAAUAACGUCCUUGUAACGUGUUCAAAAGAUCGUAGUAUAGCAGUUUGGGAUAUGGGUCCAUGGCCAAAAGAUGUUCAAUUGCGCCAGGUGCUUGUUGGACAUAGAGCCGCUGUCAAUGUUGUUGAUUUUGACGAUAAGUAUAUUGUUUCAGCUAGUGGUGAUCGUACAAUCAAAGUUUGGGCUACAGAUACCUGUGCAUAUGUACGCACGUUAACAGGUCAUCGACGAGGUAUUGCAUGCCUACAAUAUCGGGAUCGAUUAGUUGUUUCCGGCAGUUCAGAUAAUACAAUUCGUAUUUGGGAUAUUGAAACUGGUGUUUGUUUCCGUGUACUUGAAGGGCAUGAAGAACUUGUACGCUGUAUCCGAUUCGAUUCUAAGCGUAUUGUAUCAGGUGCAUAUGAUGGAAAAAUCAAGGUGUGGAAUUUAAAAGCUGCACUGAAUCCACGUUCCAAACCGAAUCAAUUGUGUAUUCAUACACUGCAACAGCAUACAGGACGAGUGUUCCGUUUACAAUUUGAUGAUUUCCAAAUUGUCUCUUCAUCGCAUGAUGAUACAAUUUUAAUAUGGGAUUUUGCUCGACCAGCUACUGGGAGUGAAGAACGCGAUGAUGGCUUUGACGAUGGAAUUAAUGCUGCACUAGCAUCACAGAAUAAUUGUUUAUGCUCUUUACGGUCAGCUGCUGUACAGUGUCAAGUGGCGCCGGAGAGUAAUUAUAAUAAUACUGUCAAUAAUAAUAAUAAUAGUAAUAGUAACAACAAUAGUAAUAAUGGUAAUAUUAAUAAUAAUAAUAACGUGACUGCUGCCAUCUCUAAUGGUAAUGGAAACAACACAAGAACACUUGCUGUUUGUAGCACAGACCAUCAUCGGCAUACUAGCUCAUCUUUAGCCCCCACUUCCAGUUCUUCGACUGCUGCUGCAGGUAAUGCAUCUGCUGUCAUCCCCACAGGUAACACUAGUGAUAGUAAUAAUAGUCAUAGUAAUGUGAAUAAUAAUGGAUCAGCUGUCAAUCCUAUUGCAAAUAUAAAAGCUGUUUUUAUCCCAUCAACUGGUAAGAAAUGAUUCGCUUUCUUACACACACAUACACACAAACACGAACUAACUAACUGUAUACGUGCAUAUAUACAUACAUACACACACACAUUUAUGAUACUGACUCAGUGGGUCUCUGCUUUUUAUCUUUUAACCAAAUGAAAAACCAAGUUUUAUUUUUGUUUCUUUGCUUGUACACAGUGCGUUUUCUCCCUUGUGUCACAUUUAAUUUUAAUCAAUCUCUACUAACUUUUUCUUCUUUUCGAAGAGUUAUCACUUUUUUCAUAUUAAUUAUCAAUAUUAUUACUAUUAUUAAUAUCAUCAUCACUGUGGUUCUUCAAAACUCUGAUAGAAAACGUUGUGAUUUAUCUCCCUCCCUCUCUCGACCCUAGUUCAAAUUUAUCCGAUGCUGUGUUGUUACUAGUACUACUUCCCGCCCCACCCCACCCCAGCGCCUUCGAUCACUGCCGCCUCCGCUCCCGUCCGUCGACACAUCCUGCUACUGUCGCCCAAUUUUACCCUGGCCCCGUGUUCAUUGGCGGUGGCGGCAGCGACCCGGGGGAUGGAGUUUGGUGGUGAUGGUGUUGUCGAAUUUAUGAAAUGUAAACACUACUAUAUAUUUCUACAAAUCACUAACAACUCUAUGUGUAUUGUUUCCCUUCUCCUCACCCCGCCCCCCACGAUUUUAUGAAUCCUUAUUAUUACUGAUACUAAACUAUUACAACACAUUGUCAGUUCACUUGCACAGUAAUUUACAUUUGUUUAUCACAUUCUUUAUCCAGUCCUUUUUCUCUUCCUUCGUCUGUCUGUAUGUUUGUCUGCUUAUCUAUCUGUAUGUCAAAUGUUUCCUUCGCAUUAUCUGACGAUUAUUUCUGUAUGUGUGUGUGUUCAUCUUUUCAGUCUUAUAAUGAUGAUGAUAAUGGUAUGUUCACACACUUAGUUAUUUUUAUUCUUGCAUAUAUAUAUAUAUAUAUAUAUA